AUGACCAUUCCGAGAGAAGCAGGCGGGCCGGACACGGACGUCUCCAGCGCUGGUCGCAUCAUCACCACGACAACGACAACCACCACCGCCGACACCAAUACCAACACCAACACCACAUCGCCCUCAUCAUCUACCGUCAAUCCCGCAACGUCCGUCGAUCCACCUGCUGCUGCUGCUGCUCCCUCCACUUCAUCAGCGUCGACGCAGAAUCCAAACGCCAAGUCCACCACACAGACACAUCACACCACCACCACCAUGUCUGGCGCACAAUACCACGAAAUGAGCUGGGUGCAACCCAUCGACAUUGACGACGAGGACCUCACAUUCGGCGGCAAGUCCCUGAGCGAGUGGCACGAGGAAGACCGUCGCCGCUUCAGCAGCGCUAGCUCGUGCUCGUCGUCACAUCACUACGCCCACUCCACAUCCUCACAAGACGAGGAGGAGGAGAGGAGAGGUCGUGAGCGCGUCCGGAGAAGCUACCAUAACGAGAAGAAGAAGGCGCAGUAACGCCUUGCUUUCCAUCCGCGAGAUGGAGGAGGAGGAGGAGGAGGAGGA